GUCGUCACUGCGCUGAUGUGCUGUGCCGUGCGUGGUGUCAGCUGUGGCAGCGCGGAAUCAUCUGAAGAAAAAGCGACCCGGUAUGUGCGCCCAUGCCGCCGUUCGCGAUACGCAGCGGGCCACGCAAGCCGCCUCCGCGUGCGUGACGAGGAGUAAUAUCGAGAAGAAAAGACAAACGAGGAGAAAGAAGAAGCAGCGGCAGCUUGCGUCCACGCGCAGCCAGGAAGAUUUAUUCCACGGCUCGGCGGCCUGGAUUUAAAGAACCCGUGAGCCGUGAAGUCCACCCCCGCCGUUGCAAGGUAUGCAGCGCCUACGCCUCCUGUGCGUCGUCCUCGCCGCGCUUUCGCAACCGGCCUCCGUGAACCCGAGGCGCAUCGCCGGUUCCACGACGGCGGCCGCCCUGGCAACAGAUGCUCAGCAAUUCAAACGAGUGCCUCACAACCUCCACACCAACAUCGCAGAAAGUCAUCAGUGGAAACCAAACCCCUACGUGAGACGAGGGCCGAGACAAGGGGUUCUGUUCAUGCCCAAGCCCUCGACCACUCCAUUGUCGUCUUAUUUUACCACGAAAAUCGCCACCGGAAAGCGCUGCGCCGACGACUUCGACUGCAUGCGAGUGCUGGGCCAAGUCUGCAAACGCGGCAAGCGGGCCUCCACCGGCAACUGCCAGUGCCCGGAGUCGACGCCCGUGCACCUCACCGACGAGGCUCAGCCGCGCUGCGUCGCCGCUCGCCACAUCUUCGAAGAGUGUGCAGACAGUGUGGAAUGUUCUUUCCUAAAUCCACACGUGGAAUGCUUCAACCAGGUCUGCACUUGCCGACCACCGAAUGUCCUUAAGCGCAACAACAUUUGCGUCCCAGCUGGAUUCACUAGCAAAGCAGCCAGCGCGAUCGCCUGGAUAGCGGGAGUUCUUAUUCUCGUCGGCGUCGUCUGCGGCACAAUAAUAUGUUUACGGAAACUUGUUGACAGGUAUACUAAAGACGAUUGCAUGGGACCGACGUACCACAGUCAGUACUGGAGAGAGGAUCGUCCUACGAUAUGGGACAGCACGAAGGCCAUGGUGUCCGAGAUGCGAGAUAAGGUUAGAAAUCUCGCUCGGCGACACCGAGAUAACGACGCGCCAAUGGUGCAAGAAACACGGGUUCACUAUCCCAGCCAGAUUAAGAUCAAUUCGCGGCGCGUCCGGCAUACCACGGUGCAGGUCGACGUGCACCGCUCAGUGUCGCCCGAAGAAGACGCUCGCGACAUGCGAACCAGCUUUCUACUGCCUCCGGAGGAGAGACCAGAUCAGAACGAUAAAGCCGACUUGUCUCCGACGUCUAGGGACUUCAUGCUGAAAGAGGACCCGAGUGAUUGUCAAGGAACGCCGAUCCCCUCCGUUCAGCAUGCGGAACACGUCGACAAUGCCUCAGCCGUGGCUCGCAGUGAAGCCGUCAAGCAAUCUCGCGACGCGCGGAUAAUCACGACGGAUCAAGCUCGCGCGUCCGGUCAACACGUCUUCGACUCUGAUUCAGACGCGGAGAGAAUUAUGAAGAUGGUGCUUCAUCAGUUGGGCAUGGAAAGAAGUACCCUCGUUCAGAAAUCAGCAAGCGAAGCUGCAAUGGAGCCGGCUUCCAGAAAGGCGGUUGACGUGAAGCCUGCUGGCGGUGGGCCAUUUUCUAGCGACCUUAGUGAUUGCCGUGAAGAAACCGUGGUGGUUGAUGCGCUCCCGAUUAGUGGCAUCGCCAGGUCGAUUUACUCGAAUACACUCCUGGCGCUACGAAACAAGCUCCUGUCAAGAGGUGGCCAGAGCUCUGAUAACGUCGAUGACGUGUCUUACGGGGAUUCAUGCAAGCCGUCAGAAGAAAAAGAGUCCGUCGAAAAGAGCGCAGACUUGUUCCUCGAUGGCGGGCUAUCGCACAUAGACAAAGGGGGUGGAGAAGACAAGACUAAAGUUAGUUCCGAUGUUCCGACCUGGCGUCGGGCCCCGAGUCCCGCAAAGGACAACGCCGCAUCAAGGGAGACACUAUUCUCGGUACGGCAACAACAGGCACCGCGAAAAGCGAAUGCAUUCUGCAGCGAGACAAUGUCGGAGCAAAAAAAUAUGCCACCACUCACGGAGGCAUCGUUGCUGGGCUCGCGCUUCGAUACGGUGGUCGAUUCUUACAAGAGUUUUGCAUGCCCGGUGGACGCGUAUCCUGUGAUGCAGAACUGGACGCGGCCCCAGCGAACGUACCUGUUGAAGGACGACGACGAAGGGGAGUCGCCGUCCUACAACUCUUUCUCGGACACAUCGCGAUCACGCCUGUGGAAAACGCGCAAGUCGGCUGGUGCCCCGAGCAUGUACUCGCAGAGUGCCGGUCGCUGUGGAUCCGAUAGGAAACACUCGAAGGCUUCAGAGAAAUUCGGAAAGCCGGGGGACGCCUUCAAGAGCUUUGUCUCGUCCAUUUAUCCUCACUCGACGGUGCCGACGAGCACAAGAAGCGCGGGAUGUUUUCGAACUGCCUGCAGCGAGAUUCCUCAGCAACGUAGCCGCGGAGAGCAGCGGCGAGAGAACGUAGAUGGUCCACUGGAGACGAGGAAAAAUGCACGUGUCCACUACUAUGACGGGAAACAUGAGCACGGAGAGAACCCGAAGUCUAGUGGCGGUCCUGGUUUGAUUAUUCUGCCAGAUAAGGCUCCCCGGCAGGCUGCUGAAAAGGUUGGACAGUCUGGCAGCAUCGGUACGAUAACAAAAAAGCGAAGUAUACUCAAGAACGCAGGCUCAAACCUCGAUCAAAAGAGAAAUGCCAAAGGCAUUCCGAAGUUGGAAGAACAAAAGCCGCUUUUGUUGAAGGGAGCACAGAAAAGCCUGAUAAACAGUGGCCAAGCAAAACAAGCAUCUUCUGCUUUAAACCAGCGGGUGCCGGCGGCACAACAAAAAGUUGAGCCUAUGAUGAAGCUGAUGUGCAAGAUCAAUAAUGCAUCGGUCAUUCGUAACCCUGCAUGCACGGACGACUUUACUUCUAUAUCCAUCGACUUAGAGGACAAGACGCGCGUUCAGAGAAGCCCGAAUACUUCCCUGAGCAAAACCAGCAAGCACGCAAGACCUUCAAGCGAGUGCUCUAAAACAAGAAACAAAAACUCUUCCGGAUCUCCGGAUAGUUUCAAGGAAAAGAGACGCUCCUCUGCUGAUCCAUCAAGGAGUGAUAGGUAUAAACCAGUGCAGGUUAAAAGUUCAGCGGUGCCUGAAUGCGGCAUUGAAGUCAAGACUUUGGGAUGUUCGCACAGGAGCGCGACAGUGACGUUCUCAGACGACGAGAAACCUUUUCUGACAACGUCUUCGCCAAGAGCUGCCCUUUUCAACAAGCUGAAUCUUCCAUUUGGUGUUCAAAUUGGGGAUGCAAAAAAGCAAUGGGGCAAAUCUCUUGAUGGGCAAAUAGGAAAAAUGCAGGGAACGACAACCCAUGGGCUCCCUGUUAAUGUGGAAGGCAAUAUAAUAAAGACAAAGGAAGCGGGACGUUAUGCCACCAUACCAGACGUGACCACUAAGCUUAACUUGGAGGGAAGUAAUGAGUAUGGACGGCAGCAACUACCUGCUGCUGAUGACGAAAUCAACUUCAACAUCACUGAUGAGGAGCUAAUUCGUUGUAUCAACAAGCUUGUAGGCUUUACCCCUACUGGAGACCAAAAUGAUGAAAGACAGUUUCCCAAAACGACCGCUGAACAAACGCCAGUUUCCGGUCAUCAGCUGAUGCAAGACACGCUUCUCCAUGGCGAGGCAGUUUCAACUGAGGCGACUGACCGAAAAAGCAUAAUGAUGGAUGUGGAACGCUGCUCCAGUAGUCAUCGCGAUGCACUGAACAAACCUCUGGCUUCGCUCAGGCGGGGUGAUCUUAAAGACAUCCUGAAAGAGAUUAUUGAAGAAGAGUACUCGCACUUGCUGCAUGCAUCUGCUCAGCUCGCACGAGAAUGUGUCACGGAUACAAAAACCAGCGAUCCUUUUCCUGGAUGCGAAGAAAGUAAUACCGACAACUCCUCUGAGUCGUCUACCGCAACUCUGAGCAGAUCAAGUGUAAGAAAUGCUGUGACGAAAAGAACCGCGCACACAGCGCCAGAAGGUGCUGUCACGCCCCAAGAAUCGCAUAGCGUCAACCGAACUUCCACGGCCCACUCAAGCACAGGAGAAACAUCUCAGCAAAGCUAUGCCAAGAGUUCAGAGACUGAGGAAGAUACCACUCGUGGGAGCAGCGCUACCAGAGUUACGUCAACCAACGAUGCUCUCGCUUCACGGGAGAUCACGCAAUCGAUGGUUGGGAACAUGAUUCCAGAUCCAGCAUAUGGACAUGCCACUUCAUUUAUACGUCUCACUUAUGGGAACAAGAAAGAAUUACUUGUAGAGCAACAUCUGGACGCUGUUUCAGAGGACACGUCUUCUGACGGCUAUCGCUUGGAAUGCGGACAGCCUGCUCGCCUUGAUGUUGCUUCAAAUGCAAUCUUCAGUCAUACAAGUGAUGGUACGGUCCAGAGCUCCGAUGUGGACUUGUUUUCUGUCGAACAGGGUCCUGUGCAUGACGUGCUAAGCGAUGACAGACUAGGGAUCCGGCUGCUAUCUGACAUAUCCAUAGAAAGCUCAUCUACAUCCAAGCCUCCUUUAGUUGACGAGCCGUCCUUCGUGCGAUUUACUGGUGAUCAUCUCACCCAGCCGCAGGAUCCCCUAACACAGUUCGUUGUAAGUGAGGAGCGGGAGCAAGCGACAGCAAUUGUGAAUCCUGGCAAACAUCGCGGCAGCUGGAGCCGUCCAGUUUACGGAACACUGCAAGAUGCCGAAGCCAUUAUGUUCUCUUAUACAGAAGAAAUAGUGCCACUCCCGGAGGUGAAACCAUCAAUAGAAGCCUCCGUUUCAGCGAGCAAUGCGAGUUUGGCGAAAUCACAAGAAGGCUUGAAGCCCUUCCCGCAGUCUGGACUUUUCAACAGAUCAGACAGCUACGUUCCUUUCGGAAACUGGUCCUACAAUUCCCACAUUCAAGAGACGGACAAUGCAGCAAACGGACAACCGACGAGCGUAGGCCGUUGCUUGCUCUCAGUAAGAGCAGGCGAUGAGUCAGAACAAGAACUGCUACGAAAGGUACAGGUUGCACAAUUCCCGAAAGCGGCUUCUUUUCAUGGAUUUUUUGCCAAGCAUAGUGAUAACGGUGCUACCAAGACCGAAGCGAAACAGAGGACUAAGUCUCACACGGACUACUGGCUGAAGACGGUGUCUUUGUUCCAAGAGGUGACGACAGACCAGAUGAGCAGUUCAGGCGACACUUGUACAGACGCGUCCGGAACGAACACUAUCUUUGAGCCCGAGCAGAUAGAGGCGCUAGAGCGAGCCAAGCUAAGAAAAGAGGUACUGAGCCAGCUUCCAUAUCAAAAGGAUGAGGUGAAUCCACUUUUGGAGACAUUCCUUAGGUUGCAAAACGAAGCUUACGACUCGACACCUAGGCCGUCUACUACAUGCGCCAGCGAUACCCACACGGGAAGAACGCCUUCCGAAGUGAAGAACGAAUGCAUUGGCUCAGGCGCUGCGUUCGACACUUCUUUCGGCGACUACAGUUUGCUGACUCGCUACCUCGCCACCUGCUGCCCUACCGUUCAGUGCGCCGCGGAAGUACUGUGUGACGUCGUUCAAAAAGACACGUUGAAAUCGGAAAGGCAUUCUGCUGAUUUGGAGGAACCUGCUUGUUGUCAGCUAGCUUCUCCUGACCAAGAGCGCCGUACGCGAUCCCGCUCGCCAGAGUCGUACUCUCCCAACGUGGAAACGGGCGGCAACCAGGCUAGUUAUGAAGACAGCUCCACCGCGAGCUUUUCCGAAGAAAAGAGGGUCAAGAUGAGGCGCAAAACGGCGCCCUACCGAACGCCCUUCCCACUCUGUAGCAGCUCGAGGUCGACGGCCGCAUUCAGGUACAACACGAAGGCGAUCAAGAAAAACUGGAGCCAGAGGAUGGCCUCGGCGUUCGUGCCCACCGACGCGGAAAGAGAUGAGGAUCGCACCGCGCGCUUCGUAGCGGAGCAGGCGCACGUCAGCAGACCGGUGAGAUCCGAGACUGCGGCCCUACGCGAGCGCGAGGAAGACGUGCCCAAGAGGUCUCCAAGCGCCGUGGUGAAUCCCGAUGCUGGAAGCUUCUGGAAUUACAAGUCGUGUCAAGUACAGCAGUGGCUGAACCAGGCAGCACAGUACUUCACGAACUACGAGGAAGGCAUGCCGGCAAAUCCUCCUCAAGGCACUGCGAACGAGCCAGCAGAGUCGUCGACAUCUUCCGAGUAUUACGAAGCUGAGCCGACAACCGACGCUUUCCUGCCUUCGAGCCAGCAAGGAACGACUGAUGACCCAAGCAACUGGUGCUGACUACAGCUGAAGCGCAGCUCCGGCAGCUUUUUUUUUUGUACUUGCACACACACGCUUACUGUCAAACCUUCAAUAAAGACACGCUUUGCUUAA